AUGCAGAUGCUCACCAAGUUUGAGAGCAAAAGCCCGCGCGUCAAAGGGAUUGCGUUCCACCCCAAGACACCGCUCCUCGCAGCAUCGCUGCAUAAUGGCACCAUUCAGCUGUGGAACUACCAGAUGGGCACGCUAGUCGAUCGGUAUGACGAGCACGAUGGGCCUGUCCGCGGCAUCUGCUUCCACCCGACACAGCCCAUCUUCUGCUCUGGCGGUGACGACUACAAGAUCAAGGUGUGGAACUACAAGCAGCGCAAGUGCUUGUUCACCCUCACGGGACACCUCGACUAUGUGCGCACCGUCUUUUUCCACCACGAGUACCCGUGGAUCAUCUCGGCGUCGGACGACCAGACGAUCCGCAUCUGGAACUGGCAGAGCCGCACCUGUAUCGCGAUCCUCACCGGCCACAACCACUACAUCAUGUGCGCCCAGUUCCACCCAUGGGACGACCUCGUCGUAUCGGCGUCCAUGGACCUGACCGUGCGUGUUUGGGACAUUUCCGGCCUUCGCAAGAAGAACCAGGCGAGCUCGGCGCCCAUGAGCUUUGAGGAGCAGAUGUCGCGCGCCAACCAGGGCCAGGCCGACUUAUUUGGCAACACAGACGCCGUCGUCAAGUACGUGCUCGAGGGCCACGACCGCGGCGUCAACUGGGCGACGUUCCACCCGACCCUGCCGCUUAUCGUGUCGUGCGGUGACGACCGACAGAUCAAGCUCUGGCGCAUGUCCGAGACCAAGGCGUGGGAGGUCGACAGCUGCCGCGGGCACUUUAACAACGUGUCCAUGACGCUGUUCCACCCGCGCCACGAGCUCAUCCUCUCGGCGUCUGAGGACAAGACGAUACGUGUCUGGGACAUGACCAAGCGCACUGCCGUGCAGACGUUCCGCCGCGAGCACGACCGCUUCUGGGUGCUUACCGCGCAUCCCGAGCUCAACCUCUUCGCGGCGGGCCACGACAACGGUCUCAUCGUGUUCAAGCUUGAGCGCGAGCGACCCGCGUUCUCUCUGUCCGGCAACAGCCUCUUCUACAUCAAGGACAAGGUGAUCCGCAUGGCUGACUUGGCGACUGGCACCAACCAGGGCGUCUGCUCGGUGCGCAAGCUCGGCUCGCAGUACAUCCAGCCGCGCACACUGAGCUACAACCCCGCCGAGCGCGCCGUCGUUGUCACGUCCACCUCAGACAACGGCGUAUACGAGCUCAUCACGCUACCCAAGUCGAGCGCCCCAGUUUCGGGUGACGGCAAGGACACACCCUCGGACGGUCGCAAGGGCACGGGUAUCUCUGCUCUCUUUGUUGCUCGCAACCGUAUGGCUGUGCUUGACAAGACGGCGCAGAACAUCGAGAUCCGUGACCUGUCCAACUCGCUCACCAAGACGGUCAAGUGUCCCGUUCAGACCAACGACAUCUUCUACGGCGGCACUGGGUGCCUCCUUCUGUCGUCGAGCAACUCGGUUGUCCUCUUUGACAUCCAGCAGGCUAAGGUACUGGGUGAGAUCACGACGCCGGUCGUCAAGUACGUAGUUUGGAGCAACGACGGCAACCAGGUCGCGCUCCUUAGCAAGCACACGAUCACCAUUGCCAGCAAGUCGCUCGAGCAGACGGCCCUCAUCCACGAGACCAUCCGCAUUAAGUCGGCGGCGUGGGACGACAGCGGCAUCCUCGUGUACACGACGCUCAACCACAUCAAGUACGCGCUUCCUGGUGGCGACAACGGCAUCAUCAAGACGCUCGAGCAGCCUGUCUACCUCACCCGCGUCAAGGGCCAGGUUGUGCACUGCCUCGACCGCAACGCCAAACCACGCACCAUCCCCAUUGACCCAACCGAGUACCGCUUCAAGCUUGCGCUUAUCCGCCAGAACUACGACGAGGUGCUCCAGAUCAUCCGCAACUCGAACCUCGUCGGCCAGAGCAUCAUUGGCUACCUCCAGAAGAAGGGCUACCCCGAGAUUGCGCUGCACUUUGUCCAGGACCCUCAGACACGCUUCGACCUGGCCAUCGAGUGUGGCAACCUCCAGGUCGCGCUCGAGAUGGCGCGCUCGGUCGACCGCCCCGACGUGUGGGAGCGCCUUGGUGCUGCUGCGCUCAAGCAGGGUAACCACCAGAUUGUCGAGACGGCGUACCAGAAGUCGCGGGCGUUCGACAAGCUGUCGUUCCUCUACCUCGUCACCGGCAACACGCAGAAGCUCAAAAUGAUGCAGACGAUCGCGGCCAAGCGCGGCGACCAGAUGUCUCGGUUCCAGAACUCGCUCUACAUGGGCGACGUUGAGGCGCGUGUUGCCGUUCUGCGCGAGACUGGUCAAUACCCCCUCGCGUACUACGCUGCCAAGACUGCGGGCCUCGAGGAGCUCGCCGAGGAGAUCCUCGACGAGGCAGGUAUGACCGAGGAGGAUGUCCCCCCAGCGCCGCCCAACGUUGGCUCGUCCAAGCUCGCGCCUCCACCUGUCGUCUUCCCGCAGACCGAGUUCAACUGGCCCAUCAAGAACCUCGGUGAGAGCUUCUUCGACCGUGCGCUUGCCAACGGCGGCGCCGAGGGCCUGAUGGCGGCUGGUGAACAGGCCGACACAGCGAACGGCGAGCAGCUGGAUGCUUGGGCAAACGAUGAGGAUGCCGCUGAGGAGGAGGAGGAGCUGGACGAGGAUGAGGGCUGGGACCUGGACGCCGAGGUGGCCCAGGAGGAGGCUGCAGAGGAGGUGGGUGAUGACAUUCUGGCGGUCGGUGAGGCCGACUUGUCAGAAGGUGUCGCCCCAGGAGUGGACGAGGACGAAAUGUGGGUGCGGAAUUCGCCGCUGGCAGCAGACCAUGCUGCUGCUGGCAACUUUGAGAGCGCGAUGCAGCUCCUCAACCGCCAGGUGGCCGCGGUCAACUUCAAGCCGCUCAAGCCUCUAUUCCUGCAGGCGUACCGCGCGGCGCACACGUACGUGCCUGCGAACGCGUCUCUCCCACCGCUCGAGUUCCACGUCCGUCGCAACCCUGAGACGACCGAGCUGCGCGAGGUGCUACCGGCAAUCGCGCUCGACUUUGAGGACCUCAAGGAGAAGGAGCUUGCCGACGCAUACAAGCUCUUCAGCCGCGGCAAGUUUGCCGACGCGCUCACGCUGUUCCGCGACGUUCUGCAGAAGCUGCUCCUCACUGUUGUCACGAGUGAGGACGCUGCUACCGAGGUCAAGGAGCUCGUCAAGACGGCACGCGAGUACGUCAUUGGUCUGCGGCUUGAGACGGAGAGGCGACGACUCGUGGCCGAGGAGCCCGACAAUGUCGUCCGCAACCUCGAGCUGGCCGCGUACUUUACGCACUGUGAGCUGCAGCCUGCGCAUGUCCAGCUCGCCCUGCGCAGUGCCAUGAACACGUUCUUCAAGGCUGGUAACGUUGCUACUGCGGCGGUGUUUGCGCGCCGCUUCAUCGACACGAACCCGACUGACCCGCGUGCUGUUACGCAGGCGCGUAGCAUCCUCGCACAGGGCGACCGCAACCCGCGCGACGCUCACGAGAUUGCAUAUGACCAGUUUACGACGUUUACCGUCUGCCCCGCCUCGCUCACACCCAUCUACCAGGGUUCGCCAGCGGCGGUCGCGGCAUACACUGGGGCCCGGUACCUGCCCGAGUACCAGAACACUAUAUGUGUCGUUGACGAGGUGACGCAGGUCGGGCUGCCGGCCAGCGGCAUGCGGAGUGUGGUGUAG